UGGGCUCCUCAUUACUACACAAUAAUGUCUGUGACGGAGGCAGAGCCGGAUGGUUCCAGCCAGUUCCUUCUCAGGACUACGUCAUCCAUCUCUCAGGUGACAGUUCUGUGUACAAGUGAAAGAGUCUUAGUCAAGUGACCAUUCUCCUCCACACCUUCCUCUCCUCUGUGACUCAAGUCUGGGGGAGGGGAGGGGGGGUCAGGUGUUCCAUUUCACUUCCUCCCGCUCCGGGCUCCUCCUUGGCCAGCAGCUUCAGGUAGUUGCCGCACCUGGCUGGUGCUUGAAGGGUUAAAGGUGGAUCGGGAACACCCAUUUUAGUUUCAUCUGAAACCGUCGGAGGACUGAGAGGGACUGCUGACUCCGGGAUCUGUCCGGGGACAAGACGAGAGGAUCUAGAAAGGACCACCAGUGAUCGAGUCCUUCACAGAGGAGAACCAAUGGACGCAUCUACCUGCUCCAUAGAAAUCUGGAAUUACUGCUGAGUACUAGAGAUAGUUCUACAAGUAGGAGGGCAGAACCUCUCAUCUCUGUGGUCUCUGAAGCUGUUGUUGAAGGUCUUUUUGGUGUAUGUCCUUCUUCUGAAGAUGGGAUCGAGGCUCAGGGACCCUCAGUAGAGGAAUUGGGGUACAGGGAUCGGAAAGCAGUGCUCCUUUGUAGGAACCCUCCUACACAGGGACCCUCUGUAAGGGGAUCAGGGCUUGGUGCUCCUCUGUAGGGAUCAGGACACAGGGACCCUCUGUAAAGUGAUCAGGGCUUGGUGCUCCUCCUCUGUAGGGAGGAGAGAGCAGGACACAAGGACCCUCUGUAUAGUGAUCAGGACACAGGGCUCCUCCUCUGUAGGGAUCAGGACACAGGGCUCCUCCUGUAGGGAUCAGGACACAGGGACCCUCUGUAUAGUGAUCAGGGCUUGGUGCUCCUCUGUAGGGACCAGGACCCUCUGUAUAGUGAUCAGGGCUCCUCCUCUGUAGGGAUCAGGACACAAGGACCCUCUGUAUAGUGACCAGGACACAGUGCUCCUCCUCUGUAGGGAUCAGGACACCAGGACCCUCUGUAUAGUGAUCAGGACACAGGGCUCCUCCUCUGUAGGGAUCAGGACACCAGGACCCUCUGUAUAGUGAUCAGGACACAGGCUCUGUAGGGGGAUCAGGGCUUAGUGUUCCUCUGUGGGGGGAUCAGGACACAAGGCUCCUCCUAUAGGGAUCAGAGUCUAGGGCAUCUCUAUAGGGAUCAGUCCACUGUAGGGAUUGGGACACAGGGAUCCUCUAUAGGGACCAGGGCUUAGAGCUUCUCUGUAGGGUGAUAGGGACACAGUGAUCAGAACAGAGGAAUCCUCUGUAGGGAUCACUGGUGUCAGAAGGAAUUCAGAGACAGCUAUCACCAGUGUUCAGAGACCUCUUCUAUCAGGAGAAUGUACAGCCUGUGCCUCCUCGCUGCUCUCCUAGGAGCUCUACAAGUGGGACUAUCUGAGUUACAUGGCCAGGCCUGCCUGGAUACCUUCACCAAGGGCAAGUCUAACUUUGUGCUGGAACUCAAUGAUUCUGUGAGCAGUGGGGCCACAUUCCUUUCCUCCCCCAACCUGGACAGGGCCAGGGACUGUAUAGAAGCUUGCUGUAGGGCCCCUGGAUGUAACCUGGCUUUGGUGGAGAUGACACCAGACCAUGAUGACCUCAUUCACUCUUGUUUCCUGCUGAACUGCAUCUACAAGCAGGAGUUUGUCUGUAAGCUGGCCAGGAAGGAGGGAUUUCUCAGUUACGUACUAUUAGACGUCAGCAGCAAGUAUUUACAACGAUGGGAAGUGAUUGAAGGGGAAGAUGACCCACCUACAGCCAAAGUAAGCAAAGAUGUAAAAACGCAACCAUCGCAGAAUGUGGUGCUGAGUGGCAUUGACAGCUGGGACAGAGAAGGAAUUGCCAGCUACCAAUGGAACUUGUUAGAAGGGGACUCUGCUGUUGUUAUGGAGCAAACUCCGGAUCAGCCAGCAUUUCUUGAAGUUUCCAAUCUCCACAUUGGAACGUAUAUGUUUGAGUUGGUGGUCACUGACACUGCAGAUCAAAAGAGUUCAGCCACGGUCACAGUCACUGUGUUAACAACGGAACAGACUGAAGAGUACUGUCUAGCUCCUAUGAAAGUGGGUCGAUGUCGUGGGGCCUUCCGGAGAUGGUACUUCAACCCAGAUGUAAAUGACUGUGAAGAGUUUGUGUUUGGAGGGUGCAAACCAAACAAGAACAACUAUGUCCAAAAAGAGGAUUGUAGGCAGGCAUGUGUCAAUUUGUCUGACCUUUCUGGCAAAGGAAGAAGGAUGGAGCCGGUGUGCAAUGGGCUCUGCUACCCUACCCAGUUCCGCUGUGCUGAUGGCUGCUGUAUUAACGGAGGUCUUGAAUGUGAUGAUACACCAGACUGUGCCGAUCAUUCUGACGAGGCAUCAUGUGAUAAAUAUGACAGAGAUUUUAAGAAACUUCAGGAAUUGGAGGUUCCCAAUAGCAGAGCCCGUUGUGUAGAGAUGCCAGAGACUGGUUCAUGCCGAGCUUCGUUCUCCCGCUGGUACUAUGAUCCUGUCUCCCAGAAGUGUACAGGCUUUACUUAUGGAGGAUGUAAUGGAAAUGGAAAUAACUUUAUGCAUGAAGCAGAAUGUGAAGAGUUUUGCAAAGGCGUCUCUGAGCAAGAUAUUUUUGAUACACGAAUGGGAGACAAGAGUGCUCAAGAAGAAGGUGGUUCAGGCUCUGCUGAGGUGGCCAUCGCAGUGUUUCUGGGAAUCUGUAUUCUGGUUGUCUUGGCUGUCAUUGGAUACUGUUAUCUGAAGAAGAAAAAAAGUAGUAGUAACAGGCGACCGCCUACUGUGAACAGCACUGUCAUUCCUACUACUGAAGACACAGAGCACCUUGUAUAUAACCGCACCACCAAACCUGUGUGAGUGACCUGUGUUCCUCCCAAUGAGCUCUAACUUGGUUUAUAGACUUCAACACUCCAUGUUGUGCUCUAACACAAACAAGACUUGGAUGCACACAGCCAGUAGCCAAUGUGGGUUUGGCAGCAUUUACAAAAAGACUAACUUGUACAUAAAGUGGAUUUUCUGGUUGAUGGGAGUCCUCCCAUUUUUUUUAUUUUUUAUUUUUUCCUUUUUAUUUAGUUUUUCAAUAUACUGUAGAUAUUUAUAGUUUUUGAUGAAAAUGUAUUGUUUAAAUGUUUUUUAAUACACAUGAAGAUUUUGGUGUCUUAUACUGAAAAGUUUCCUUGUCUUGUAACCUGAGCGAAUUGGUUAAAUCUGGUUGGCAAGUUCAAUGUAAGUUUUGG